AUGCCAGAAGACCAAGACAUCAAUCCUCUAAACCACCCUGCCAACAUCGACACCCCCCCAGCAACUCAAUAUCAUCCAGCACCGCAAGACCCCCUAUUGCAACCCGAAGAUCAAACAAGGGGGCGAAAAAUUACCCGCUCCGCUACUACUAGACCACCCCGCCACAGAUCACCAUCACCAGCAACAUCAAGAACACAUAACAUUUCACCUACCUCAUCCUACGCCUCCGCCUCCUCCAUCAUCCAGCCAACAAAAAGAAUAACCGUCACCGAACUCAGGAAACUCCUCGCUGAUCUGGGCAUUCACGCUCCCAAAAACCUCAAUAAACCAGAACUUUUAAAGUUAUACACUAAUGCCACUUCAGACUCUCACCCCUCGCUCAGUCCCUCUGCCAGAUCAACCACACGGAAGACCAGUUCUCGCUACACUCCUUACACUCAACCUCCCCGUUCACAAACCGGAAAAAGGAAAUCAAAACAAAAACACAUUUCAAGUCACACCCCCUCUGGGGAACACCCUCUGGAAACCCGGCAACUCCAAACCACGUCACCCACCUUUCACCAGCGAGAACCUAACCAAGACCCCAUUUACGCCAUUCAUUCCUUCAACCAAACUGGAUCUACACCCUUCUCCUGGCCGCCAGCUCCCCCUAGCGCUCAAACCAGUCCACACAUGCCUUCUACCUCAGCUUCUCAUUUCAAUCCUAACAUAUCUGUUCCUCCUGCAUUUCUUUUAAACCAAUCUUUCCCUCCUCAACCUUCUACCUCUCACCCUCUGUCUUCAGACCCAACAUCUUCAGCCCAACCACGCUAUCUUCCUUCCUCUUCUCGUCCCUUAGCACGCACCAACACUGAACCUGUCAUUCAUUCUACUCUCCCUACACCAGUUUCCACGUCACGCCCCCCAUUCACACUUUACACAGCCACUCCCCUCCCUCCACCGCAGAACGCCUUAGCCAUGGAACCACCUCCAGUCUCCAACACAACAAGAAAUCAAAUUUUAUCAGAAAUUUCGGCUCUUGGCACCAGAAGCAGACCAGCAUCCAACACCUGUCCCACAUUAUUCUCUAAUGAUAUUGCCUUAAAUCAUCCAUUACAUCACCUUCACGAAACUUCCAUAUCCCUCAUCCUUCACGCUGUUGCCCCGAGAACACUUCAAUCAUAUCUCACUGCAUGGAAAUCAUUCAAACAUUUCCACACCCUCUACCAAUUACAUUUCCCAGAAUUCUCACUGCUUUCCAUCACCUCCUUUAUUUCCCACCUCCAUACUGCCAAAAAUUUCCUGGCUAGCUCAAUUAAAAGCUACCUCAGUGGAAUUCAAUUUUUCCAUAAAUUGAUACACGGGUCCCCCUCAGAAGCCAUUUCCAAUGCACAGACCUCCCUCCUCAUUAAAGGUAUCCAGAAAAUACACCCCCCCCUUCCUGACACCAGAUUACCUAUUACACUCAACAUUUUCUCAAAAUGCAUCAGUACACUCCGCAAAGGAUACCUUUCACCUCAUACAGCCCACACACUAGACGCUAUGUUCACUCUGGCUUUUUUUGGCUUCCUGAGGUGUUCAGAAAUGGCAAUUACAUCCAAAUUUAACCCUGCCAUACACCCAACAAUGUCUGAUCUAACCUUACAGGAUGCCGAAACCCUUGCCUUCUUUAUUAAGCAAAGCAAAACAGAUCAGUCAGGUAAUGGGUAUUUCAUUUACAUUUUCAAUAUUUUCUCCCCCACACGCCCCUUCCAAACUCUCCUAGCAUUUUUCCAUCUAAGAAGAUCACAAGAGCCUAACCCACUUGCCCCACUUUUUACUGAUGACGACAAUCGUCCAGUAACCCGUUUUUGGUUUCAAAAACACUUAAAAGAAGUUAUCCGCCUGUCAGGCUUUAUCCCCGAAUCAUAUUCCAGCCAUUCAUUCAGAAUCGGCGCAGCCACCAUAGCAGCUCACAAAGGUCUAUCCUCACAUCAAAUCCAGACACUAGGCCGCUGGUCCUCCAAUGCCUUCAAAGCCUACAUUCGCCUUAGCCAAUCCCACCUCAAGGAAGCCCAGCUAGCCCUAACCAGUUAA